AUCUGAUCUGUCUAACGUAAUUAUGAAUUGGUACAUCUUUGACAUUCUCAAGUGAGAAAAUACAGAGUGACAACUGUAAUAUCUUAUAGGUACUUAAUAUUUUCUAAAUUCUAAACUAAGUCAUUUAAGACUUACUUUCGCUUUUAGUUUUUAUUGCUUAUCCAACUGGAACGUCACAAAGAUAACAAAUGUUUCUUUUUUUGCCUGCAUAUCCUCUGCGCUCGCUCAUUGGUUCGUCCACUUUUUAGGUUGGCCAAUCAGCUUAUUGUUGCUAGGCCGUUUUGUCUCAUCUAUUUGCUGGCCUGGCUGUCAGUCAAAUUUGGAGCUUGUAUGGCGAGGCCAGAUGCGCAACUGGGCUGUAUUAUUUACAGAGCGCUGCUCUCAAGGAGCGUGGCUGCUGAAGAUACCUGGAAACUUUGUGUUGUGAGGAAUGAUCGCCUGCUCUUUUGCACGAAGUUGCAGUUUUAAAUAGGAAGACAACUCGACCCAGCGCGAUACCUUUCCAUUCUAAGGUGUGCUCUCAUCUCUACUGAAGCUUCACCACGGCCCUCACCUGCGUGCUCCACUGUUUCUCCUGUGAGUCGUCCUGGGCUGAGCGGCCCUUCCUGCUCCGCCCCCGCGCCGUCUCUCCCGCCACAGUCGCCAUGACGCGCUCCAAAACCUUUCAGGCCUACCUGCCGAACUGCCAUCGCACCUACAGCUGCAUUCACUGCCGAGCGCACCUGGCCAACCAUGAUGAGCUCAUCUCAAAGUAGGCCACAGGAGAGGAUACGUCAAAAUUGAACAGGAUGGAGAACAGCGACGCAGGUGUUUUCAAAUGGACCCCCAAUUCCCCCUGGAGCAACCUAAAGAGCCUUGCUCAAGGACACACUGGUGGUGGAGGUGGCUGCAGAGAUCGAACCAGCAACCUUCUGCUUACCAGUGGUUUAUCCCACUACACCACAAAAUCUUUUCAAGGGAGUCAAGGCAGGGCCUACCUCUUCAACUCAGUGGUGAAUGUGGGCUGCGGCCCGGCAGAGGAGAGGGUACUGCUGACCGGUCUUCACGCGGUGGCCGACAUCUACUGUGAGAACUGUAAAACCACUCUGGGCUGGAAAUACGAGCAUGCCUUCGAAAGCAGUCAGAAAUACAAGGAGGGCAAAUUCAUCAUCGAGCUGGCCCACAUGAUCAAGGACAAUGGGUGGGACUGAAAACCCUGAACUCCUCACGGCCCAUAACGCUGGAAAGAGACAUGCAGCAUAUGAAUAAUUAGUUUCAUUAUCUGGCUGUAACGUCCUCCCUGGAAAUCUAUCUAGCUGACACACACCUCUAAACCUUGAGGGUGUAAGGUUAAUAGCAGCAGCGCUACCCAUUUCCUGUGUGUGUGUAUGAAUGAAUGUGUGCCAACUAGACAAUGUGUGAGUAUUUUCCUAUUGAAUUGGAAGUGUGUGUGUGUAUGUGCGUGUGCAAAUCAAGGCACAAAACGACAUUUGCUUUCCUCUGGGUUGGCCAAGGUCACAGUUUUAUCCCACACUCAGGUUUAACUAAUGGCUGGAUCCAUGGUAAUGAAGGGUGAAGGACGAACCCAUUUAGCUCAUCUGAGGUGAAAACGUACAAAAAAAUGGAAGCGUCAUCCAUUUGUUUCCCUUUUCUUUUGUGUCUUUAUUUCCUCCAGUUUUGUCAUUUUCACUUGCAUAUUUAUACAUGUAUUUAUUGAUCUGUUUAUUUGAUCUGUUUGUUUUGGGACAUUACGUUUAUGGUAAACCGUAGCAACCACAGUGGUUUUACUUUGACCUUGUAUAGCGGAAGUAGCAAUGUACACUUCCUCUCCAGAUCGUGAUCUCCUUUUGAAUGCGAAUAUGGAGUGAAUUAGGCAUUCGUAUGCCAUUUAUAGGGCACAGGUCACGUACAUUAGCUAGAGCCAAGUCUUUAGCCCCAGCCACAGCUGAGAAAAGCAGCUGUCAGCUUUGAAAGAGGACUGAGGCGUUCUCACAAUCCGUUAUGUCUCCUUCGGUCUUAUUAGUUCCUGCCAUUAAAUCACAAAUCAAGUGAUAAACCAGACUUUCUCAGCAUGUUUUUUUUUUCUGGAAGAAAGCGAUUGAAAGCUAGUAAAUGUGGCCGUUGAACAAGAUAAUCCAGAUGGGGCUCGUAAAUAAAAAGCCUAGGCGCAACCAAAGACUCUUUCGUUACCUACACUGACCAAACUGAGUUCGAUUUCUGAUUUAAAGGGAUAGUUCACCGAUCGUUUCAUGUCGUUACACAUCAAUGUAUCGUCACGAGCCGCAGGGUUUAAUUUGGUUUUGUUUGUGUAUGUUUUUUGACUCUCAAAGCAGUGAUUCCCAU